ACUGAUUAUAAGCGUCAUCAUGUUGUCGCAUCUUAUGAGCCGGUUGGCGGUGCCGUGGGCUAUACUUGCUUUCUGUAGGUCCCCCCCAGGUCCUACUCUACUUAUAUGGUGUAGUAUGAUCAAGGUAAAAAGCACACGGCUAAUUAUACAUUCUGUAGUUCUCGUCUCGGUGCAGGCGCUCCCCCAUGAGACGCGCUCUGUCCUCGUCGCGCGCAAGACAACCAACCUGCGCAUCAUGCCGCUCGGCGACUCCAUCACGUGGGGCUGGAUCAACGGCGGCGGCUCCAACGGGUACCGCGAGCGGCUGCUGUCGGACCUGACGGGCGGCGGCUUCAGCGUCGACUUUGUGGGGACGCAGAAAUCCGGCACCAUGGCCGACAAGGACAACCAGGGCUUCCCGGGAUACACCAUCAACCAGAUCCGCGGCGUGGUUUCGGGCGGGCUGGCCUUCAAGCCCAACGUUGUCUUGCUGCACGCAGGUACAAAUGACCUCAACAGAGGCAACCCUUCGUCGGAGCCGGAUGCGGAUGCGCCGCGCCGGCUCGGCCUCCUGAUCGACGACGUGCUCAAGGCGGUGCCCAACGCAGUCGUGAUUGUCGCCAAGAUUAUCCCGUCCAAGAAGUCUGGUCUGUCGGCUACCAUCAAGACGUUUAACAAUGCGCUGCCGGCGAUUGUGGCUGCGCGCGCAAACCAGGGCUCAAAGGUUUCGCUCGUCGAUAUGAAUGUGCUGAGCUUGAACGAGCUGAGCGAUGACUUGCACCCGUAAGUACUCCCGUUACUACUAAGUGGAAGUGCGUGCCUGUGCUAACUGGUUGGAUAGGAGUGCCGCGGGAUACGCACGCAUGGGUGACAUCUGGUAUGCUGGUAUCAAGGCUGUUGCUGACUCGAUUCCCGCGCCUGCUUAGGCCGAGUCGUGGUUGG